CCAUGGCCACGUCUCCCGUCAAAGAGUUCCUGGUUACAUAUUUUAUGCCAACUAAAUGUUACGAGGAGCUUUUUGUCAACUUUCACUUGCACGUGCCGUGUCUUAAGUUUGUCCUGAAGAAAAUUGCUGGAAUUUGGAUCCUCCUGGACACAUUUCUGGUGCAGCUGCUUCAGUUGCUGAAGAUACUCUGGAGAGGAAGUGCAGAAGGCCUGAGUCUAUUCUCCGUCCUGCUGCAGCUUUAUGCCUUCUCAUGUCCUGUUGUGUAUGCGGUGACCAACAGCUUCCCACUCUUUGCCUGGAGUGAGAGGCUCCUCACGUUGGCCCAGACAGCAGUGAUCAUCUUCCUCAUCCUGCAUUAUCAUGGUGAUACCCUCACAGGAGCGCUGUUUCUUUUGGCUUACAGUGGUUUAAUGUUCCUCCUGGGCUCCUAUGCAACCACUGCAGUCGUCUCAGUGAUGCAGUCUUCCAGUCUGCCAACUUUAAUUGCAAGCAAGAUUCUCCAGAUCAGAGCAAACUACUCUAAUGGUCACACAGGCCAGCUGUCCUCUCUGUCUGUAUUCUUAUCGUGCGCAGGGUCUUUGGGUCUCGCCUUUGUGUCUCUGCAGGAGGAAGGAGGCUCUCUCGCUACUCUGUCUUACAUUCUGUCCGCCUGUCUCAGCUGUGUCCUCCUGGCCCAGGUCCUCUGCUACGAGAGCAGUAAUAAAAAGAAGAGUGAUUAGAGGUGACUAUUAUUGUCAAUGCAUCAAUCCACAAUGUGAAAGCUUCACAUCAUAUGCAAGUCCUUUUUGUUGGCCAAACCAUGUUAUGUGAUGCUCAGCCAGAUGUUAAAUGUUUACAGUGUCUUUUUUUUAAAUGCCUAAAACAGGUCAUGUACUGUGUAACUGUGUAAAUGAGAACUCAGUGUUGUGUUGUUAAAUGGUUUUGUGUAUUUCUUUUGUGAAGUCUCACAAUAUAAUAAGGGGGAAUAAAAUCUUUUGUUGCCCUCUAGUGCCUGAAAUGAGAAUUACAUACAAACAUUUUUACAGGUUUCAGUAGUCUGUGUGAUUUGUAAUGCAGGAGUAUCUUGUAUACAAGCCUCAAAAUUGGGAAAGACGUACAGUCACAUGUAAACUCCCAAACGUUAAUAUUUUUGAUGAGUUCAUCUUCAGUGGUUGAACAAAAAUCCUGUUUGUGAUGCAUUCAUGUCUGAUUUGCUGGUAGCACUUCAGCCUGGGAAUAGUUUGAUAUCAACCCGCUCAUGGCUAUUGUAGAUGGGUAAUUAGAUUUGUUUUGUGGUAACCUCUGUUUUUUUGCAGUUGGCAUCACAUUAUAUGCAGCCCCCCUCAUCAGAGCGUCCACUCCCCCUACACAGUUUGUCACAUACAGCUCUGAUGCAUGUUCAUCGCAACAUUUUGGUCAGACGAAAGACUUAAUCACAAUUGAGUUACUGCACGAUGUUAGGCCGGUGAGACUAGAAUGGCCUGUAUUGGUGUCACAGGGGUGCACGAAAGGCGUGUCGAAUCUUAGGAAUGUGACCUAGUAACACGCUGUUCGACAUAGCAACAGGAUGUCCUGUUGCCACUAGCCGUAGAAAUGAUCAACCCAUAUCUGAGUUUAUUUCUCUAUUAUCCUUAUGUAGCAUGACUCAUUCUCACCAGAAUAUUGUGCUUUGAUGUGUUAUUUAUCCUUCAUUAACCAUAUUUUUUCUAAACAUAUUUAUUCAUAUGUGUUGCUGUUGUUAGCACUGUUUGACACAAUGCAUCUGUGUAGUUGUAGAGCUAUUACUAAGUUAUACCUGGCAACACCAUGACUGAGUUUAGAAGGUAUAU